CUUGCUAUUACAUUGGGCCGCGCCGAAGGACGUGCCUCUGUCUUCCACCGCUGUCGAAAGACGUGCAGAGUCACCGAGACAUUCGUCGACUCGCUGCCUUGUCUUUGUCUUACAGACAACAACAAACAACCGUUUGCCGAAGUGAAGGUUGCGGUGCGGAGAAAGAAGUGCUGCCUUUUUUCGAACACGCGCACGAGUCGCCACCGCGCCGAAGUGAAGUGCAUGAGUGUAAAAGAGCGGAACUUUCAACAAACAAAAACACCUUCGAGCUAUUUCGGGCAUGUCGGUGGCUACGCCGCAUCAAGAAAUAUUUUUAAGAUCCUCCCGCUACGGGUUUCACCCCCUUCCACUUGGCCGUCAGCGGCAACACCCGCCGUGGUGCUACGCUCUUGCAAGCAAUGUGGUGUGGUGUGCAAACUUUUGUUGACGUUGCGUGAAAUCGAGAAGGAUGACGCCGCUGGAACACGACGGACAUUUCGAAGCAAUAUUCCUCCCGGUUUAGACUGCUUACCUCGAACACCGGUGCUGACGCAA